AUGAACCAGAAAAGCCCCCCCUGCAGGGUUGCAUUCUCUUCUUCAAAUUUGUCGUUCCAGUCAAGAGCGACUGAACAAGGUACCUUUGGCAAUAUGGAGGCUCCAGUGGCACCUGAGUUCGAUGAGACAAAGCCCAAUGGCGGCAACCCCAACAUGGAAGAUGUCAACGCGCAGUACCAGGGACUCGAGUUCCACUACCUCUAUCUGAUCAUAAUGGCUUUCUUGGUCUGGCUCAUCAUUCCCGGUAUUGCCUUCUUGUACGCAGGUCUUGCACGCCGCAAGUCCGCGUUGUCACUUCUGUUCCAGUCUCUUGCAGUCAUGGGAGUUGUCUGCUUCCAGUGGCUUUUCUGGGGCUACUCUCUCGCCUACUCGCGUACCGCCAGUCCUUUCAUUGGCAACAUGGAAUACUUCGGGUUGAAGAACGUCAUGUCUGCUCCAUCGCCCGGUUCCACCCUGCUUCCCGAGAUCGUCUUCUGCUUCUAUCAGAUGCUCUUCUGCGCCGUCACUGUGCAGCUAGUCAUUGGUGGGUCUUUCGAACGCGGCCGCAUCAUGCCUUCCAUGAUCUUCGCUUUCUGCUGGGCUACCAUCGUGUACUGUCCUAUCGCUUGCUGGACGUGGAACUCGAACGGCUGGCUUUUCAACCUCCCCAGUCUCGACUUUGCUGGUGGAGGCCCGGUUCACAUCGCCUCAGGCUGGUCCGCUCUUGCUUACGCCUUCGUACUCGGAAAGCGCCUGCCAAAGGGUGAGAAAAUCCAUGGUCGCGCACACAACCCCACUCUUGUCUUCAUCGGUACCGUCUUCAUCUGGUUCGGUUGGUACGGGUUCAACGGUGGCUCCGCGCUCAACGGAACAAUACGAUCUAUGCUGGCCGCUUUCAACACCAACACUGCUGCCUGCUUCGGUGUCCUUGGCUGGGUUAUCGUCGACUACGUUCGCACCAAAGGCCGCUUCUCCGUCGUCGGUGCGUGUUCCGGUGCCAUUGCUGGCCUUGUGGGUAUCACCCCAGCAGCCGGAUAUGUCUCAGUCUGGAUCGCUGCGCUGAUCGGUUUUCUUACUGGUGUUGUCUGCGCUCUUUGCCACAACCUUGAUAGGUGGAUCAAGAUCGACGAGGGCAUGGAUGUAUUCAAGCUUCACGGUAUCGGCGGCAUGGUCGGCUCGUUCCUUACUGGUAUCUUCGCGCAGUCCUGGGUGUACGAUCUCGAUGGCAUGGGCCCGUACGAUGCCCUUGGUGCCAUGGACGGCAACGGCAUCCAGGUCGGCUACCAGCUUGCUGAGAUCUGUGCUGUUGCUUCCUACUCCUUCACGGUCUCCUGCAUCCUGCUGUAUGCUCUCAAGUUCAUCCCAUUCCUACACCUUCGUGUCAGUGAGGAGGCUGAGAUGAUGGGUCUUGAUUUGGAUCAAUUUUUCGAAGAGGAGAUUGGUGACUGGAGCAUGAUGCACCAAAACGACGUGAGCAGUGCGAGUAGUCAUGUCAACCACGAGCCCACGAAGCCAAGAGAAGGCAUCUAA